AUGGAAGCGUAUUACUGGACGCAGUUUAGCGUCCUGGCUGUUUUUUGCGCUCUGAUGGAGUUCCAAAAGUUCACCCAAAAAGAGAAGACGCAAAUGCCUUCGUCCUUCUUGAAUUUCAGAAAUAACUAUUUGUUCGUGUAUUCUUUGAUGAUGGCUGGAGAUUGGUUGCAAGGUCCGUACGUGUACGCGUUAUAUCAGCACUACGGAUACACGACCGGGGAUAUCGGGAAACUUUUCAUCGCCGGGUUUGGGAGUUCAAUGAUCUUCGGCACCGUGGUUGGUUCUAUGGCGGAUAAGCACGGGAGGAAAGCGGCGGCUUUGGUGUACGUGGCGACGUAUAUCGCGAGUUGCGUGACCAAGCACUGGUCGGAUUAUUACGUUUUAAUGCUCGGGAGGUUUUUUGGUGGCAUUGCGACGAGUUUGUUGUUCACGGUGUUUGAGUCGUGGUUGGUCGCGGAACACUUCAAAAGAGGAUACGAAGCGGAGUGGUUAGAUAAAACAUUCUCGAAAGCCAUCUUCUUAGGGAACGGGUUGGUCUCUAUCGUUUCCGGGUUAGUGGCGAACUAUUUAGUGACCGAUAUGAGUUUGGGUCCGGUGGCACCGUUCGAUGCGGCGACGUGCUUUUUGGCCAUCGGCGGCGCGGUCAUUUUUCUCACUUGGUCGGAAAACACCGGCGACGUCGUCGAGAACGCAAACUUACAGCAGUCCUUUUCGACCGCGUACAAAGCGAUUUUCUCCGAUAAGAAGAUUUUCUACUUGGGUGCUAUGCAAUCUUUGUUUGAAGCGUCGAUGUACUCAUUCGUCUUUUUGUGGACGCCGGCGUUGUCACCUAACGGCGAGGAUAUUCCUCACGGUAUGAUUUUUGCCACCAUGAUGGUUGCGUGCAUGAUCGGUUCGUCCAUGUCUUCGAGAUUAAUGGCGAGAUCGGAUUUAAGAGUUGAAAAAUACAUGCAAUCGGUGUUUUUACUCUCCGCGUGCUCGUUAUCUAUUCCAGUGUUUAUUAAAACGUUCGAGUUAGGCUCGGGUGGGUAUAAAGGAGGACCAAUCACGUUUGAAGGCAAGUUGCAAUUGUGUGGGUUCCUCGUCUUUGAGUUUAUGGUUGGUAUUUUUUGGCCAUCGAUGAUGAAAAUGAGAGCGCAAUACGUACCCGAAGACGUUCGCUCGACCGUGAUGAACUUUUUCCGCAUUCCUUUGAACUUGUUCGUGUGCGUAAUUUUGUACAACGUCGCUUUAUUUCCGUUAUCGGCGAUGUUUGGGAUGUGCACUUUGUUCUUGUGCGGAUCGGCGUUUUUGCAACGCAAGUUGGAGUUGAUCACCGCGAGCAAGUUGCCAGCGUAA